AUGGAAGACCACCAGAGCGAAGGCAGCAGUACAGAAUCCAUCCAGGAGUUUGCAUUCUUUGGGAUUUGAAAUUGUGCUUCUAUACCAAGUCCCUUGUUUGACUUGGCAGAAAACGCAUGUGAACAUUUUCCAGUUCCGCUCUGGGCAUCUUUUGGUGCAACACUCACUGGGAAAGCAGUUAUCAAAAUGUACAUUCUGAAACUGUUUGUGAUUCUCACCUUCAGCACACACACUGUGGAACAGAUGGUCUCCCUCAAUAGAGCUGUUCCACUGCUGGGUGCGGCACUGCAGAAGCCCUUCAGGGAGUACUUGGAGGCCCAGGAGGCCAAGCUGCACCAUGGCGCCGGAGAGGGGAUCCCAACUGGUGAGAAAUGGCUGUCGUGGCUCUUUGAGAAGGUUGUGGUCAUGAUGGUAUGCUUCUUUGUCUGCUCCAUUGUCAACGCCAUGGCCCCGAGCUAUGCCAAGCACAAGCAGCAGGAGAAGCACUCUCAGGGCAAGAUGGAGUGAAGGCCAGCUAGUGAUCACAGAGAACCAUCAACCUCUUCCCACCACUCCUUUUCUCAUGCUGCUCUCCCGCCUGGCUGAUACCUCACUAUUAUCCAAAGCAAAAUAUCAGCCUCCAUCUGGUUUCUCUCUUGUUAUUGUAGCAACAUGUUGAUGUUAAACUUUGGACUUCUAUUUACUUGCUUUUUAAGUAAGGCUUUACAUUUGGCAGUGAUUUCCACGAUUGCUCUCUGUAAGGUAUAUGCUUAUUGGGUUGCGUGUGACUCUGUCUAAGAUGUUGUGUUGUUAAAGUGUCCCAUUUGGUGCUUAUAGCAGCUCCUGAGCAUGUGAGAAGCUGCUGGCGAUAAUUCACCUAAGUGAGGGUUUAGCUGUGCUGUUUGUUCCACUGAAAGAACCUUCACAGUCUUAUAUCUGCAUACAGUCACUUGAAUUCAUUUAUUUGAAUAAGCUCAGAUUGUUAGCUUUGAUUAUGUGGUGAGUGAUCUGUGAAACCAGCACAAAGCUAUUUGUUUAUUAUAUAUAUUUGCUAGUUCAUUACUGAGCUAUUCUGUGUAUAUUACUGUUAAGAGUUGUUGUGCAGUAUUGGUUGUGGUUAGAUAAGACUAUGAAGUGACUAUCAACAGCUGUGUCCUCCUCAUUUCUACAUAUUGUAGAGCACAUAGGUCAGUUGUAGAAGAGAUGAUAAUGGAUAUUUCUGACUGUUCGUGGUGCGGUAGGUGACCACUUCUGUGUAUGCAGUAAAGCUCAUGUUGGCACUUUGGGAUGAAAAUGAUAAAUCGCCACUGAAUCACCCUGCUGGUCCCUUUGUCUGCUCUUAUUAUUGUGCUUCCAGGAAGAGAGCACAUGAGUGUGCCUGGGGAUACUUUACCAGAUGCAGCCAUAUAUUGAAUCAGACGGUGUGAGCCACAGAUUGUAGGUCGUUUCCUGGCUGCCACACAUUUGUUGCUCUCUUUUCGUGGAUUAAAGCAGAUUGGGCUUCACUAUUAGACUAGUAGUCUGCCUGGAGACGCCUGUAUCGUUGUAAGCAUUUCUCUUUGUCUUCACGUGUUUUCAUGGCUUCUUAAACCCCGUGAUGAGGACAGAAAGCUCGUGUUUGACAUGACACUGGGAGCUCCCGGCGCUUUUUGUUUUUGCUCGCCGAAUAACGUCAGCUGGCUCUCCAUGUAUGCAAUACCUUUUCCCCACAAUUGCCAGUAAAAUGUGCUAUUUUCUUCUCCCUGUCUGUGCCGCUGCUGUGCUACGCUGGACUGAGCGCAGUGGGCAGUGAGCAGGAGCAGAAGGGGGAGGCAGAAGGGGGAGGGCGACCAGCGAAAGGCGUCUGUGCCUUUACCUCAGCUGAACCUUCCAAUGAACUCGUUGCACUGCUCCAGUCACGGAGCCAGGAGACGAAUCACUCGAGUAGAUUCAAAACAGAGGGGUACUGUUCAGCCACUUUAACCCAGAGCUCUGCACCAGCUCUGCUCGGAACAUUCACAUCUCCCCUUUUCUCCUGUCACGGUGAGUAGGCUUAGGAUUUCUUUUUUUCAUUGUUGUCGUUUCUGUACAUGCGUACGUCUCAGGCAUGUCCGUCACUCUCGGCCUGUCACAUAGCUUAUCAGACUGGUGUUGGCUGUUAGAUUGCAAGGCGACAACAGUCUGUAGGCUGUCUGACAUUUCGGGCUCUUUCAUCUGACAACACACUGUUUUGUCUUCUCUCUGUUAAUCACAUUGUCUCAGCUUCAGUUCCCAUUUUGAGGUGUGUGUGCUGCGAUGUCACUUCCCUUUAUCCCAACCGCCUAUGAAACGUCGGAGACAUUGCUGUACUGUGUAUUUCCUCUGCUGACGUCUGUCAGGGGUUUUAUGUGGGGAACUGUGUUUUCAUAUGUUUGCAAAAGCAGAUGUAGUGAUAUCAAUAACGUGGGAUACUUCUGUAUAUAUAUAUGUGUGUGUGUGUGUGUGUGUGUGUGUGUGGCGGGGGGUUGUUGUCUUGAUUUUCCAGAGAAUCCAGAGAGCACACACCUUAUUGCAACACAUCACAUUGUGACACAGCACACACAGUACUCACCCAGCUCUCCUUCCUUUUUACACUUCCUUUUUUUAAACAGAGAACUUUCUUCUGUUGCUCAAUACACACUUUUUGUAGGGCAGUGCAUUAUAUUGGAGCAACUCUCUUUUUGGGGGGGUGGGCACAAAGAGCUAAUUAUAAAAAGCUGAAAAUCGUUACUUGACCAGUAGUUGAUUUAAUUCUUGCUGCAAAGCCUCAGAUUUAUUUGAGAUCAUUUUUCCUCAAAUAGAGAAAAAGGUUAAACCCUUUUCCUGAUCAUAAAUGCAAAAAUCACUGGAUAACACUAGAAUGGCUCACUGGCCUGGAGAGUGUUUUUCUUGGCAGUUUCAGGAUGUCCUGUUCCAUUAGGGAGCCCCCUUUUGGCAUGCAUGUCUGAAUGUAUGUGUGUGAGUGUGUGUGUGUGCACAUUUCUCUAGAAAUUCUGUUUAUAUUUCUAUGUGUAAGUGUUUGUAUUUCUUGUUUAAUAUGAGUCUGUACUUGUUUUUUCUGCUUUAACUAUAAAUAAAGUUUGUUAAAAAGAGGAUUGGUGUUCUGAUGAUUAUGUGAUAAGUCUUGACCACACUGGGCCGGUGUUGACCCACAGGCCUCAGAAGAAUCUCGCAUGUCAGCUGAGGUGGAGGGACAAGGAGGCUGAGUCCAUCACAACUCCGAUUUCCCUGUCUAGUGUUUCACAUCCAAACCAUUAUCACAUUACUGAUUUGCUCUCUGCAUACCGACACCAGCUCCAUUUCAGAUUCCCAGUUAAGCAUUUGCUGUUAGUGGAGAAUUAAAGCUACACUUAUGAUCUUGUAGCAAAUGUUUUCUUGCAGAUUUAUUCUACCUUUUGAAAAAAGCUUCUUAUACAAACUCUUUAUGAUCUAAAUGUGGGUAACU